AAGCAAACAAGGGAGGAGACAUUCCCGUGAACGGCAAUGCGCGCUCCCGAUAAUAAACCUCUGACGCCUUCAUCCGGGAACUACUACGAACUCGUUCUCCAACAUGGCGGCGUCAGCUAAGAAGAAGAAUAAGAAGGGGAAGACCCUCACUCUGACUGACUUCCUGGCAGAGGACAAGGGAGGCAGCAACGCUCCCCCCAGCUACCCAGCAAAGUCCACUAGCUGGGCCGAUGAGACUGAUGACCUGGACGGAGAUGUCUCAACCUCUUGGCACACGGAGGAGGAUUCAUACCGGGCACCGGGCAUUGACCGGUCCAUCCUGCCAACAGCUCCUCGCUCUGCUCGUGAACCCAAUGUUGACCGGUCCAGACUGCCCCGCAGCCCGCCUUACACGGCCUUCUUAGGCAACCUGCCCUAUGAUGUCACUGAGGACUCGAUCAAAGACUUCUUCCGCGGCUUGGCAAUCAGUGCAGUGCGUCUGCCUCGAGAGCCCAGUAACCCAGAGAGGCUGAAGGGCUUUGGCUAUGCUGAAUUUGAUGAUGUGGACUCCCUCCUGAGGGCCUUGAGUCUCAACGAGGAGAACCUGGGAAACCGAAGGAUCCGUGUAGAUAUUGCAGACCAGUCUAAUGAUAAAGAGCGAGACAAUGGAUCUAUGGGAGGCCGAGACAGGGGUGGCCGGAUGUCAGAUUUGGGUCCUGACAAGACUGACAGUGACUGGAGGGCUCGGCCCAGCUCGGAUGCUGACGAUGGACCUCCCAAGAAAGAAGAAGCCUUUGGAGAGAGAUCACGGGACCGUUAUGAGUCGGAUCGUUUCAAAGACGGGCCACGGCGGGACAAUGAUCGCUUUGAUAGCGGGAAAGACCGUUUCCGGGACCGCUAUGACGACAGGGAUCGUAGAGACUUUGAUAGAGGAGGUUUUGACUCUCGUGGUGGAGGAGGAGGAAGUCGUCGUGCCUUUGGCAGUGGCUUCCGCCGUGAUUAUGAUGAUAGUCGGGGUAGCAGUGAUCGUUACGGGGAACGGGAUCGCUAUGGGGACCGUGAGGACCGGUACGAAAAACGGGAGGAGGGGCGUGAGGAGAGAAGUGACGCUUCCGGGCAGAGACCCAAGUUGAACCUUAAGCCCCGUAGCUUGCUCAAAGACGAGGAAGGUGGUGGUGGUGGCGGCGGAGGUGGAGGCGGCGGCGGAGGUGGUGGUGGUGGUACUGCCCCAGCUGCAGCUCCAACCUCUGGCAGCAGGACCUCAUCCAUCUUUGGUUCAGCCAAGCCAGUUGACACAGCAGCCAAGGAGAGGGAGGUGGAGGAGAGGCUGAAGAAACAGGAAGAGAGACUGCAGAGGCAGCUGGAAGAGGACAAAGGCCGGGGACCCGAAAGAAAGAUGCGAGACAGGGAUCCAAGUUGGCGCAAUGAAGAAACUCACACUGAGCGAUCUCGCACAACAAGUGAGUCUUCACAGCCCGGAAGUACUUCUGGAAGAGGCUCCCGGUGUCGAGAUGGCGAGCGCUCUGGGGAAAAUGAGGUUUUCAGUGCGAGAGAAGGUGAACCCUCCUCCCCUGGGACCUCCCCACUGCCCCCCUCCACCAACUCCUCCAAGGAGCUGCUGAAGGUGAUGCCCGCACCUCCUCCAAAGGAGAACGUCUGGGCCAAGAGAAGUGCAGCCAGCACAGGCUCUAGCGAGGGUGAUGGACGACCUCCAGUCUCUCCUGUGUCCCCAAGUGGUUCAUCUCCUCCCAAGCUCAGCUCUCCAAGUUCUGCAGAUGAAAGAGAAUCUGAAAAAGAUGAGAACAAGGCUGAUGGUAUGCGUCAGGACCGGGGUCCCCCACGGGCACGAGGGGGGCCUGGAGCAGGGCGGGGCCGAGGAGAGGGCCCCAACAGAGACCGAAGAAAGGAGGGAGACAGAAAGGAUAACAGAAGAGACCGAGACUCCAGACCACCCCCAGAGCCAAAGAAAUUUGAAGAAACCCCAACCCCUAAGUUCAGCUCAGCCAGUAAGUACGCCGCUCUGCUAAUGGACGGAGACCAAGGAGACGACGCAGAGGACGUAGAAUAGAGAGAAAAUAACGAGACGAGGCCUGAAAGCGCAAGAAAAGGAGAAAACAACAACCGCUGAAAAAAAUAAUCUCACAUAGCUUAUGAAAAAAAAAACUCCUCACAUGGAAGAGGCUCCUGGGAGGACAUCACUCCCUCCUUCCUUUCCUCCUACAAACCUGUCCUUACUUUCAAAACACCCUCCCACCCAUCCUUCCUCCCCUGCCCCGCCUUCAGGACUAUUCAGCUUCUUAAGAAUAGUCGCAUACUGGACUUGUUUUAAAUGGGAAAAAAGGAGUAGCUGACACAUGGAAAAGUGAUGGAUAACAUUGAAUUAAUUGUAAUAAAUAAAUGGAAAAAGUGGGGAAAAAAGGAUUUGUAUAUUUGUGGAUCACAGGUGUGAAGUUGGAUAAUAUGACAGAAGAUGUAGUUAACUAAGUGGAACCGUUUUUAUUGAUCAACUUUUGACCUAUUGACCAAGUAAUUCCCAUAUUAAAUGCAUAACUAUUCAUUAUAAGCCCUUUUUUAGUCACUGGUAAGUAAUUUUAUAGAAUUAUUUUAAAACUCUCUUAAAUCAAAUUUAUUUAUGAAAUUGGUCAAGAAUAUCCUGUCUUCUAAAACAUGAAUGUUGAGAUUGGUUACUAAAUUGAAGAAAGAAAUUGUCAUGUGCACUGUUUGAGAAAGCGUAAAUUGAAGUUGUUUUAAACUGAGUCACAGUAUUGUAAAGAGGACUGUGACUUGUGUGUCAAAUGAAAAACGGCCGCUAUACGAUUCUUGCUCGGAAUCAAUCAAGUGCUUUGCUAUUAUCCCCAAUCAUUGUACCGAUGUCUUUCUAUUACUACACCUCCUGAUGAAAUAAUAACAUCAAUUAAAUGCUCGUAAUGCACGUUUCCAGCCGUCAUAAAGAUUCUCCACAGCUGUCUAAAUCAUUCACUCUUCCUGAAGUGAGGAUUACAAAUAUUUGGGGAAAGUCUGGAGUUGCCUAUAGCACGAUGUGAGGAUUACAUGAACCUGUCUUCCAAUUUGCAAUAAAUUGGGGUCAUUAUGUGCAUUCA